AUGAUCUAUCUAUCUAUCUAUCUAUCUAUCUAUCUAUCUAUCUAUCUAUCUAUCUAUCUUAUACUGCUCAUUCUCUAUCUCUCUGUCUAUCUAAUUUCCAUUUCAUGGCAAUCUUGCACUGAGGAGCGUUUUGAUGGGAAACUCUGGAGUCGCCUGUCCAUAUCUAUCUAUCUAUCUAUCUAUCUAUCGAUCGAUCGAUCGUAUUCCUACGCCGCUAUAACAGUCUUUUCUUUUUCUUUCUUUCUUUCUUUCUUUCUUUCUCAGUCAGUUCAUAUCUAUCUAUCUAUCUAUCUAUCUAUCUAUCUAUCUAUCUAUCUAUCUAUCGAUCGAUCGAUCGACCGAUCAUAUUCCCACGCCGCUAUCACAGUCUUUUCUUUCUUUCUUUCUUUCUUUCUUUUUUUCUUUCUUUCUUUGUCAGUUCAUAUCUAUCUAUCUAUCUAUCUAUCUAUCUAUCUAUCUAUCUAUUUCUAA